CUCUCUUUUACACACACACCCCAUCAUCUUCUCCUUCUUCAAUCUUGUUAUUGAAUCCAUAAAGUUUCUACUUUUGUAAAAUUCUGAUGCAGGGUGUUACUAUUAUUCCUACUGGCGGUAGUGGUGGUGGUUCUACCAUGUCUUCUACUUUGUCAAAGGAAGACACAAACUUGGUUCUUUCUUCUGAGGACUCUUCUUGCCCUGAAGAUUCUGAGUUGCUUGAACUUGGUCUUGGAUUAGGCCUUUCUCAUCAUCAUAAACCUGCUCGUAAAUCACACAGUCACCAUCAUCAUCAUGCUAGAAUUUUGACCGCUAAGGAUUUUCCUUCUUCAGCUUCAGCUUCUUCCUCAUCUUCAUCUUCACCUCCUUCUUCUUCUUUGAGCAGGGUAAACAACAACACUACCACCUCCACUUCUGGCACCAAGAGAACUGCUGAGUCUGUUGCUGCUGCUAAUAAUGGACCUAGUCCGGUAGUUGGAUGGCCUCCCCUCAGAAGACCAUACAGAGUGAAUAGCUUUAAUCAUUCAAAAUCUCCAGCCACCGAGGUGUUCAACUCAAAUUCCGAGAAGAGUAAGAGCAGCGAAACUGAUGUGCUAAGGAAGAAUGCUGAUAAUACCAAUGGUAAUAACAACAACAUUGAUACCAAAGAAAAAAGAAACUUCCGGAGUUCCUUGUUUGUCAAGGUAAAUAUGGACGGGAUAGCGAUUGGAAGGAAGGUCGAUUUGAGUGUCCAUAGUUCUUAUGAAACCUUAGCUCAAACAUUGGAGGAUAUGUUUAGAGAAUCAACUACAGCAAUCACUUUCAAUGGAUCAAACGGAGAAGACUUCGGUAUUCUUGUUGGAGGAGAUCAACACUCAAAAUUGCUGGAUGGUUCUUCGAAGUUUGUGCUAACUUAUGAAGACAAGGAUGGAGAUUGGAUGCUUGUUGGAGAUGUUCCUUGGGGGAUGUUCCUUAGCUCAGUGAGGAGGCUUAGAAUCAUGAGAACAUCUGAGGCCAAUGGAAAUGGACUUGCACCAAUGUUGGAAGAAAAGAACUGCAGACAGAAAAGCAAGCCCAUAUAGCUAUUGCUUAAAUGGCUAAAAAGGACACACACACAACUUGUUGCCUUAAAAGUAGCACACAACAUAGAAGAUGAAGAAAACAGAAAGAGAAAAAAAAAGUAAAGGGAUAUUUUACUUUUUUUCCUUUUCCUUUUUUUCUUUUUUUCUUUUUUUAAAGUUUCCAUGGUAUAUUUGUCACUGCCUCGAUAGUGUGAUCUUCACUAAAAAAAGGGGCACAGAAGGCAUAAUAGAUUUUCAUGUAAUAGCAAAAAAGAUACUGGUCAUACAAGUCAUAUCAUAUAUUGUUUUCUUAUUUUGCUGUAAAUGUGGAUGCUAGCGUUCUGAGCCAUCAAUUUUGAUUGAACUUUUUGUCCUUCA